GUUAAUAUCUAAUGCGCAAUCUGACGAUCUACGGAACAUUUAUUCGAUUUCCUAACAUUUGGAGAACGUGUCAGGGUGCAUUAACUUUUUAUUUCGAGCAACUAUGAAUCCCGAGAAUCCUGAAAAAGAAGUAGAGCCCGAAAAAAAUGUUUCGGAGGGAUCGGACCCAAUGGCCCACGAAGACGAUGAUAACGAAGAGGCAGAAAUAUCGUACGAAGAAGUAAGUGUUGAAAGCAUUGCUGUCGUACAACUACUGCAAUCAUUCCGGGUCUCGAUAGACGUAAUAAACAAGUUUAUUGCAAAUGGAUAUGAUUUGGAAUCUCUCCGAGUUAUUGAAAGACAAGAAAUUGAGGAACUUCUUUGUGAACCGUAUCUUGGAGAUAGGACAAAAGUUAUCCAUGGAUUGAAUGUAUGGCGAAAAUCACAGAACCUUCCUCCCGUAUCCUCUCCGCUGAAAUCCGUUCAAAAUGUAAUUCAGAGUAAACAACAUCCAGAGAUUAUGAAUCGAGCUAUGGAUCGAGAAAAUUAUUCAGCACGAUUCCUCAUUCAUAACUCGGCCAAAGGAAAGCAAAUCCUCGCGAACUACAACUCAUCAAAAAUUCUCACAAAAAUACAAAAGAAAAUCAUAACUCAUAUUGUCGUAGACGAAUUUAAAGAUGUUUUUGGCAAACUCUCACAUAAUGAGCUUCUGAGUCGAGGAUCCGAGCUGAACGAACAUUUUCCAUCAGAAUCAAAGGAGUCUUGGUACCAGCCAACUUUUUCGUUUGUCGGCGGGAAAAAGACUAGAAUAGGUCGUUUGCCAAAAGGUUGCCUUUAUGACCGUAACUGCAAUUAUACUAUUCCGAAAGUCUCGCAGCGAAAGUCUAACGAUAGUGAAAAUAUUACACCGUUAUGUUCGCCUUCUGAAGCUGAAUGGGUUGAAUACCAACAAACGAAAACAUGGAUCAGGCAUCAUGAAGACGAAUGGCCAGCAGUAAUGCAAAAGUGGGCAUUAACGAGCGUAAUUCGAUUGUACGAGAUUUCAAAAUUGGAAAAAACGAACGUGUGGUUUGAUUUUGGAUUUAUAUCCGACACUGCGCAGUCCCGACGGAUACCAACUGGGACAAAUUGAUUUCGAUACAAUGUUCCCAACCAAAAGCUCCGCAUUAUUCGAGAAAUGGAAUUCUUUCAUCGAAUCGCUCAAGCCUAUUCUCGUUGCCGAUGUGAGCGAUAAAAGCGGCAAAACUAUUCUAAAUCAACUGGAAGGUGAACUAAGUGAAGAUUGUCGGGAUGCGGUGUACUCAAUGUUGCUGCCGUACAUCUUACCCUGUGCUGUACUGACCCUGUCGGACAAAGGCAAGUGGAAACCCAGUUACAUUGAAAAUCGUAACAGCUUUGUCUACUGGGUACAGAGCAUAAUCGAUCUACAGUCAAAAGUUAAAGCUCACCACACUUCACGUUCUGAGACUAGAGGAAUGCCACAAUGUCCACUGGUGAUCGUAGUUGGACCAGACCUAUCAAAGUUGAACACCUUUAGUGUAUCCUUCGGUGACGCAUUCUACCAGUUUCCUACCUUUCUGAAAGCGUUGGACAUCUGCUAUAAAUUCUACAAAACCUACAGCCUACCAUUUGCUGCGGAAUGUGCCGGAUCAUGGAAUCUCAUCAAUCACGUCAUUUACGAGUUUCCGGUAGAAUCCUCUUGUCGCGCAAAAAUACUAUCGAUCAGUAAUGUGAUCAGUUCCAGAAGUUAAAGAUGUUCAACUGUCCAUCAUCAGACUGUCACUGGGAGGGCAUUUCGAUCGAUCAGUAUUAUUGUCACGUUCAACGAAUGCACGAGCCAAUGAAUGGAUACAUGUGUAUCCAAAAAUGUGGCCGCAUUCUAACAUCGAUCACAAGCCUUCGAAAACAUAUGUUAUCUCAAGGGGUGGAUCACUUGUUCGGUGCACAUCUAAUGUACAUCAGAUUGCAUUAAAUGCAUUUUUUUCAUAUUCAUCAACUUAGCCCUGGCCCAUGCCAUAGUAUCGUGCUAUAGCAACGCGUCAUUGUUUGUUGUGGAAGUUUGAAAAUUGUUUUACUCAACACUGAUUUGUUCAACUAAUCACAUCUUUUAUUCGUUUCAGAUAAUCAAGAUAUAAUUUUGAAACGAGAAAAUAUAUUAAAUUACAAGCCUGAUUAAAUCAGUUUCUACACCUUCAAGAUAUUAGGCAUCUUUUUUUUGUGAACUAACCAGCAUUAAUCGCAACCUUUGAAUCUUCCUUCCCGAGAAACUUGGAGACUAUGACUUACUGGAGACAAAUAGAAAUCCACAUGAUUCUUAAAUGAAGGAUAACAAAAUAAAGCAAAUAUAAUAUUGUUUGUACUAAUAACUUGUUUUACUUCCUUUUCCCGGGGAUCUUGGGGACAAGAAAGGAACGGUAAGCUCAAGCACUUAACAUUGAUAUUCUCCCCUUUAAAGUAUCAUAAGCAGAAUGAAUAUUUCUUCUCCGGAAUGAUCACUUCAACGUUUGGAUGAGAUCAAGGAACAUGAGUGUAGGUAAAGGGGAUCAAUUGAGUUCAAGUCGUCUUCAAGACCACAACUUUCACAGUAAAAUUCGCUUCUGGGCACUCUGUUACUACGCGGUCUAACUUACAGACUGACGGGAGAUAACGGUACUGAAUACUAAAUUUCGUGGUAUUAGCGGAUAAAUGAUAAGCUUUUGUUUUCUUUAUUGUAGUGAUUUUUAACUUAAAACUAGUUCAACGCUCGUCAGGGGAGAUCACCGGAAUGAUGCUUCUAAAAAUAAAUGAUUCGGAUAUAUAUUAUCUUAUGUAAAGGAUAAAAAAGCUCAAAAUGGCAAUAUCCGAUGCUCCAAGAAAUCCGAGAAGUAGCAGCUGGUCAGAGGCUUCUUCGAAGUAGCCAUUCCGGACCUGGUCAAACGUAAGAUAUUUGGAGUUUUGUUCACUGUGGCCUGCAUCAGAAAAUAUCAUCUUCGCUUCGCCUAUGAGCAAGCGGGUUGCACCGAUCUCUGUCUGUCUGAACGAAGGGCCAUCAUGGCCGGUUACGGGACGAGAUGCCUAUUAAAUGCAGUGCCCUGUUUGGGUGAGCAAUACUUUUUCUUGAGCUCGUAGAAAAGUUAGUUUGACAUUCAAACAAGCGUAACAAAUAAACAUUGGAGUAAGCCAUGAAUUGCAAAUUUUCUGAGUGUGCAUUUAAAUGCAUUUGAAUGCAUGAAAUAAUUUCAAUAUAUCAGAUGCAUCAGAAGUGAUCCACCCCUUGUGUUAUCUUGUAAAGAGAAAAAUAAAACCACACCAGAGCGCCCUGUAACAAAAAUUGAACAACGUGAAACCUAUAUCGAAAAUAAAAUUGAAGUGGAAGAUCAAAGCAGCCUCAGAGAAAAUGAUCAAAAUAAAAUUGAAACCGAGAAUCAAUUUGUCGUCUGUUCAGAUACCGCGCAACUAGCAGCUAUUAACGCAAACCGAUUAAGUAUGAAUAUGACAUUAAAGUGGCUGAGUGAAAAUGGAUUGGCAAGAAAAGUGGCUUU